GUACCCCACCUAGAGAAAAGCUGAAUUACAUUGGAUGCUACUCUGAUUUUGGAUCAGAGGAUCGCAGACUAUUUGACAAAUUUCAGUCAGACUUUGUAGAAGGUCAAACACCGCAUUACUGUGCUGGUCUGUGCUAUGCACUUGGAUAUGGCUAUGCAGCUUUGCAAUACAAUUUCGAGUGUUUCUGCGGCAAUAAUCAUCCACCCUCUGAAAGGCUCACCAACGAUGAGGAAUGUGGCUUGGAGUGCACAGGAGACAAAAAUGAGAAAUGUGGUGGUCAUUGGAAACUCAGUGUGUACUCAACAUCCAUUCCAGAUAUACCAGCACUGGGUAGAUAUAUUGGAUGCUAUAUUGACAAUGGUGACAAAAGGGUGUUUAAUGGUAUUAAGAAAGAUUUUCCUUCAAGGAAUAACCCCCAACUUUGUGUCAAUUUUUGCCUGAGGAACAAUUACCAAUAUGCAGGACUACAAUAUGGGAGGGAAUGCUAUUGUGGAAAUGAUGAACUAACAGCGGGACUGGUGCCUGACCAUCAAUGCGAGAUGGAAUGUCCGGGAGAUGAUACUCGUGCCUGCGGUAAUCAUUGGAGAUUGGCCGUCUAUCAACUUACCAUUCAAUUCAAAUCACCGCAGUAUUUGGGAUGCUUCAAGGACGAAUCAAGCGAAAUAAGACUGUUCAAGGGAUACCAACAAAACUUCUAUAAUUCAUUGACCGUACAAAGCUGUAUUGACAAUUGUAGAAGCAAAGGAUUCCAAUACUCUGGACUUCAGUAUAGAUACCAAUGCUUCUGCGAGGAUAGAAAGCCACCAAACGCCUCACUAGUGGGUGACAACAAUUGUCUUUAUCCAUGCUCGGGUGACAGCUCCCAGAUAUGUGGCGGUGACUGGAGGUACUCUGUCUAUUGGAAUGGGUUUAAAAAUCCUCUAAGAAAUUCAGAUAACUACAUAGGAUGCUACAGGGAGAGAAACGCGCCUUUACAGCUGCUACCUCUGGAAACUGUCUCAUUUGAAAGAUCACUGACUCCUCAACUGUGCAUCGACCAUUGCUUUCGCAAGGGUUAUCCAUAUUCGGGAACACAAAUUUCUUCCGUUCAUUUUGGAACACAACAGAGGAGUCAAUGCCACUGUGGUGAUUUUAAGCCUUCCACAGACACAAGACUGAUGAGUCGCAGUGCUCGGCCAGCUGCCCAGGUGAUCA